AAAGAAGCUUCAGUAUUCACUUCCUGUCUUGCGCAGUGACGACGUGAGUGAGCCAGGCAUGGCGACGGUGGUAGAGAAAUCAACGAAAGAGCGGCUGCUCUCUGCGUUGGAUGAUUUGGAGGUUUUAUCCCGGGAGCUGAUCGAGAUGUUGGCUCUGUCCCGGACGCAGAAGCUGCCGCAGCCGGGAGAGGACACCCAGAUCCUGGAGCUGCUGGUGCAGAGGGACAGGGAGUACCAGGAGCUGAUGGAGACGGCUCAGCAGCAGGGGGAGGUGCACCAGGAGAUGCAGCAGCUGGAGAAGGAGGUGGAGAAGAGGGACAGCGACAUCCAGCAGCUGCAGAAACAGCUCAAGGAGGCCGAGCACAUCCUGGCCACGGCUGUUUACCAGGCGAAGGAGAAACUCAAAUCUAUCGACAAAGCUCGGAAAGGGAGCAUCUCUUCAGAGGAAAUCAUCAAGUACGCUCACAGGAUCAGCGCCAGUAACGCCGUGUGUGCGCCGCUCAACUGGGUCCCAGGGGAUCCACGCCGGCCGUACCCGACUGACCUGGAGAUGCGCAGCGGGAUGCUGGGUCACAUGGCCAACCUGCCGACCAAUGGCGUGAACGGACAUCUGCCCGGUGACGCUCUGGCUGCUGGGAGGUUGCCAGACGUCCUGACGCCUCACUACCCCUGGCAGUCCUCGGACGUCUCCGUGGGGAUGCUGCCUCCUCACCACGGCAACGACUUCGGCCUGGAGCCACCAGGUCACAACAAGGAGAACGAGGACGACGUGGAGGCCAUGUCGACCGAUUCCUCCAGCAGCAGCAGCGACUCAGACUGAAAGUGUGUGUGUGUGUGUGUCUGUGUGUGUGUGUGUCUUGUGUUUACCAGAGAUGUGCUCAGAAGUUUCUUGAAAUUAAAUCAAUCAGCCUAAAAAAUGACGAACGGACUAAAGAAUUGCGGAGAGACAGAUGAAAAGAUCAAUACCACAAUUCUUUUAACAUCCUGUUUUUGCACAAGUUUGCAAGUUUGAGAAUUGAAGUUUUAAACAAAUAAGUGUGGCUUUUUGCAGUUUGUUUUAAACUAAACAAACUGCAAAUAGCUUAAAUCAAACUUACAAACAUGGACCCUCCUUUCUAGACUUCUACGGAAAGAUAUAAUUCUUCUUCAAGUACCAGACCGGAGCUUAAAAACCUGUUUGUCUUGGGUGUCUGAAACUAGAAGUGUGUGUGAGCUGUGUGUUCUGCGUGUAGUGUUGGUUGUUGUUAUAACAAAACGGACAAAUGUUGUUAGUUUCCCGCCGUGUAAAUACGCUUGUACAUACUCAGCCCUGUAAAUAAACACUUUUUGAAUAGA